AUGGGUAUCCCUGUCUUUGGCGCGAUCAUCAUCGGUCUCGCUUGCUCCUUCAUCCAAUCCCUAGGCCUCACAAUCCAGCGCAAGUCGCAUGUACUAGAAGACGACAAACCUCUGCUUGCCCGGCGCCCUGCUAUACGACGGCCGUUGUGGCUCAUCGGAUUCACUGUAUACAUAACUUCUAAUGUUUUUGGUUCAGUUUUCCAGCUAGAUGCCCUCCCCAUCGUCAUUCUAGCGCCCCUUGGAGCCGUAUCACUAGUCUUCAAUGCCUUGCUGGCGAGGCUGUUGCUCGGCGAUAAAUUCGGUGUCAGCUGGGUGACUGGGACUGGGCUGGUUGCCGGAGGAGCAGUGACGAUUGCCAUAUUCGGGGUAGUCCCCGAUGAGGAGCAUGGGCUAGAUGAGCUCUUGGCUUUGCUGGCGAGAGGAUCUUUCGUGGCCUUCUUCACCAUUGUGCUGUUCAUGACGGGUGCCGUCCUCGCUCUGGCCCACUUCACGUCCUGGCAUAUAUAUCGCAAUCUCCAACGCAAUGUAGAGGAAGAGACAUCCCCCAUCUCUAUGCCCCCCAGCAACUACGCCUCACCUCGCUCACCUGCUGCCAUCCCCUUCCGCGCCACCCGCCCAAGAUCCGUCAGCCCGCCCAGUAAAGCCACAAGCGAAGAACGCGACUCGCCUUUGGGCCACAAGACACCAACCCGGCGGCUUCCUGCGCUAUCUAUACCCUCCAAUCAUCGGGCAGAGAACCACGAGCAGCCGACCCCUUCCCAAGCGCGUACCCUCACGUUGUGUGGUCUCGGAUUCGCGGCAGCGUCUGGCACCUUGUCAGGUUUGUGCCUGGUGCUUGCCAAGGCUGUCGUGGAGCUAGUCAUGAAGACUGUGGACCAUUGGAGGACGGGGACCGGGAGGAAUGAAUUUGCGAGGGCAGAGACUUGGGUGUUGUUGCUAGGGAUGAACAUCAUUGCAGUGGCGCAGAUCUGGUAUCUUCACGUCAGUCUGAGAUACGCAGGGCCGGCCCUUGUCUGUCCCCUUGCCUUUUGCUUCUUCAACUUGUCAUCCAUCUUUGCCGGACUUGUCUUUUACGAUCAAUUCGGCCAGCUUGCGACGUAUCAAAUCCUCCUCGUAUCCUUGGGCACAGCCCUGCUUCUCUUGGGGGUCUGGAUAGUCUCCGCCAUACAACCAGAAGGCGCUGCCGUAGAGGUCGGCACUUGGGUAGAAGACAAUUGCGAUAGCGACUCUGACUCUGACGUCGAUGAAGAGCUUGAAGCUGGGGAAGGCGCCACAUUCUUGGGAGGUGAUACUUCCAACGAGCCAGAAAGCAGCGAGCCGGCUCGCCACCCUCGACCUUCUGAUCUGUCGAUACCGCCGACGCCCCCGGGGAGGUACCAUCCCGUAUUCGCCCCUUCCCCCGGUACCCCCGCCUCUCCCUUAUCCCCCCGUAUCCGCCAACAGUCUCACUCCCAAUCCCACGGUCCUCACGGACACAGACACCGUGGCCCGCGGUACGGUACCCUCAUACCCGACAUCGCCCCCCACGGUGCCCCCGCAGGCUUCUCCAUCGGUCUCGGCGCGGCCAGUCCUGGUUUCGCGCUGAGGUCGGGAAGUAUGAGCGAGUAUUCACAUCACCCGCAUGGGCAUGGGACGGCUCACCAUGGAUCGGGGUCGUUGCUCGGGCCGGAGGGGAGGAAUAGGAGGAGUCGGAGCGAUGGGCCGUUGGGUCUAGGGGCGAUCAUGAGGGGAGAAAAUCCGGAUGUGGAAAAUCAGAUUGACGCUCGAGAUCAGGAAGGUGACGUCGAAGAGGCUCUGAGAGGGUGGGACACGCAAAGGACAACCCGGAGAUGGUGGGAUGUCAGACGGUUGUGGAAGGGGGAAGGUAAAAUCCGCCUGGCAGAGGAUUAG